AUGACAUCCACUGCAGUACCUUCAUCAACUCCUCUACUGGAGACAGAGUUACCCUCUCAUGAGGAUUGCUCUGUACAUAUCGAAUCCGGAGGCGGGUCCGGUGUUUAUUUGAUCUCACCUGAUGGUGCUGAUGCAUUCCAAGCUUAUUGUGAUCAAGAAAAGGCAGGCGGAGGAUGGACUGUUAUACAAAGGCGGAUUGAUCCUUCUGUUUACUUCUAUAAUCGAACCUGGCAGGAAUACGAAGAUGGAUUUGGAGAUUUUGACGGAUCUCAUUGGCUUGGUUUGCAAAACAUCUACCGUUUGGCACCGCGACAGGGAGACAGCUGGAUACUGCGCAUUGAGCUUCGCGGCGAUCACUGUCGUGGCAACGGCUGCCUGAAUAAAAAUGAUGGUUACUGGUGGGGCGAAUGGCCUUUUAAAUUAGGCGAACCCUCGUCAGGGUAUGUGCUAGAUUUGGGUCCAAUGAAGGCUGGGAACCUCACAGGCUCUGGCUCAAGCCUUUUAGAGAAGUUCAACGGUGGUCGCCCUUUCACCGCUAUUGACAGAGAUAACGAUGCUGUCAAUGGAUUGAAUUGUGCGCAGUUCCGAAAUUACGGGGGAUGGUGGCAUGGCGACUGUGGCUAUGUGGCGCUGAAUGGGCUAUAUGGCGACAAAGUACCAUCUCUCCGCUACAUGGUUUACACUUACAAUGACGCAAGACACAGAAAAUUCUAUAUUCAUCCGAAAAAAUCUCUUAUGAUGAUAAGACCCGGUUCUUUACAUUAA